AUGUCUCUGGAUGCUUCCAAACACGUCAAGUACUUUCAACUAUGCCUUGAUAUGUUGCCUUCAAGGUUUGAGGAGGAGGACUCAAAUAAGCUGGCAAUAGUGUACUUUUCUCUGUUGGGGUUGUUGUUAUUACGAGACAAACAAUCUGAAGACAUCGUUAAUAUCAAUCGAGAAGAGAAGAUUGAAUGGAUUUAUAAGCAUUAUCUGCCUGAUAAAUCAGGUUUUAGAGGAAGUCUUCUGUAUGAUCUACAGUUGAAUCAGCCAAAGGACAGCACCAAUAGUAAUGAAUAUGAUGUGCCUAAUAUGGCCGCAACGUUGUUUAGUCUUCAAAUUCUUUACAUGUUCAAAGAUAAAAGAAUCAUGGACAGACUGGAUAAAAAUAGGAUAAUGAGUUUCGUCUCCCAAUGUCAAACUGAAGAUGGGUCGUUUAAAUCUUGUUUAGGCCGAGACGGAAUUGCAUUUGGUGAUUCGGAUCUUAGGCAUUGUAUGAUAGCUUGCACGAUACGGAGGAUUUUAUCUGGUUGUGAAACUACAACUUUUCAGGACGAUAUUAAUGUAGAAAAGUUGAAAGAUCAUAUAAUGCAAUGUCUGAACUACAAUGGAGGACUUGGAGGUUCGCCUAACGAAGAAAGCCAUGCAGGUCUGACAUUUUGUGGAUUGGCAUCGCUCAAACUACUUGGUGCAGAGUUAAAUCCGAACGAAUGGAGAAAUACCAUCAGAUGGCUUUGUCACAGGCAGAUACAAUCCCAGUCCGGUGACGAUAACAACGGUGGCUUUAAUGGUAGAGAAAACAAAUCCGCUGAUACAUGCUAUUCUUUCUGGGUAAUUGGAUCGCUGAAAUUAUUCAAUAUGGAGCAUCUAAUCGACCAAAAACAAAUCAAGCAAUACCUAAUCACAGUGACUCAAAAUAAAUUUAUGGGCGGAUUUACUAAGACCAGUGAGGUUAAGAUAUCGGACCCGCUACACAGUUCUUUGGCAUUAUGCACAUUAAGCAUUUUAGGGUUCCCAGGUUUGGCUCAGUUGGAUCUAGUAACCAUGACACCCUUAUAA